AUGAAUUUUGAGGUGUCUGACCCAAAAGAUAAUGGCGAGGUGCUUCCUUGGCAACUUUCUGAAGCUGAAAGUCAAUUUCAUGGCCCAGAAAUUGAGCUACAUCCCAGGAGAGAUGCUCUUAGGCCAAUGACGUUGGUAUUAGAAUGUGUGCAUAGAGACCAAAACCAAGCCCAGUGUUCAAACAAGGAAAUUGAACCCUUGUAUCAGCACAAACAAGGGAAAGUCAAUAAAUACUCUGGAAAGCAGGCAUCCUUGGAGGAGAGAUUGUGUGAACUACAAAGUGAAAACAUGUUGCUUCAACAGCAACUGGAUGUUGUUCAAAAUGAAGCCAAAAGUAAAAAGACAAUUAAUAUCCCAGAGCCGUUUCCAGAUCAUAUGAGUAAAGCCAUGUGUAAACAACUUCUGAUGCUGGAGGACAGAAGCAAGCAAUCAAUCAAUGAAUGCAAAUGUGUAAAAGACAGAAUGUAUCAGUAUGAAACUGACAGAGCAGAAAUGCAAGCCUGUGUGAGACGGCUUCAACAAGAACUGACUGACACCCGAAAGAAAGUGUCCAUGUUGGAAGCUUCCCUGGAGGUGACAGCACAUCAUCAGACUAAUGCAGAAAAUAAAACACAGCAUUUAGAGAGGAAAUUACAUCAAAUUUCAGAUCAAAAUGCUGAUCUUACAGCAAAACUGGAAUCAACAACUUCAGCACUUCUCCAUCUGAAUGCAGAAACUCAACUUCUUCUGAAAGAGUUAUGUACGAAAGGGAUACAAAAGAAAUGUGAAACAUUAGAGGAGGAGAAAAAGAAGUUGGAAGAAGAAGUGGUAAACCUCAAACGUCACCUAGAAGUGAACACAGUGGAACGCAGUCAAGUGGAGCAGUACAAACAGGAGAUUGACGAGCGAGCAAGACGGGAUGUAGCAGAAAAAUUGACAGAACUCAGUCAAGUCGUGCAGUGCAAACGGGAAGAGCGAGCAAAACAGGAUGUGGCAGGAAUAUUGAAAGAACUCAGCCAGUUUUUACAGGUGAAGCAUUGA